AUGUCAUUCACAGGUCUAAGACGUAUUCUCAAUACUAAGGAUGGUUUUACUCAUUCCUCCUCCUUAAGAAUGAGCAAGAUUGUUAAAAGGGUUAGUUUUUUAAAAACAAUUUUAUAUAAAAAUCAUAUAGCUAUCCUACUCUAUUAAUUUAUAAUUUAUAUCUAACUCCCCCCCCCCUCCGUGAGUGAACAAAAAAAAUUUUGUUCACUCACGGAGGGGGGUUAAUUUUUUUUUUUAAAUAAAUUUAUAUAUAUAAAUUUUAUAAAAAAAUAUUUUUUUCGAAAUUUAAAAAAAAAAAAUCCUAAUUCGCAAAAAUUGGAAAGCAAAUAUUAAUUUAAUUUAUAAAAUUUAUGUUUUAAAAAAGCAAUUCGUUCAAAAUUAAAAAUAGAAUUAGCUCUAGAUUUCAUUAUACUAAUUAUCAUUUAUAUAUUAAAAUUUUUUCCAUAAAAAAUUUUUCUAUUAAAAAAAUUUUUGUUCACUCACGGAGGGUGGGUUUUUGGUCAAAAAAAUGGCGAUUUUUCUAAUGGUUUUGUUCACUCACGGAGGGGGGAAGUAAGAAUAAGUUAUCUUAAAUUUAAUAUAAUUAGUAUUAAAAUUUUAUGUUCUAUAUAAAAACAAAAUUAUUACAAAAUUUUGCUCAAUCUUAAAGGGGCCUUACUUUCUGCAUUUUUUCAAUGGUUUUGCUCGAAUUUAAAGAAAGGAAAGUCAAUACUUUCGGUUCGAGCAUUCAGGUAUUUAUAUCUUCUAUGUAUAUACAUAAAAUGGCCGGAGACGAGCGACCCGUCCUCCCGUGGCGGGUGUCCUUAUGUAUACCGGACGUGGUUUUUGGAAGCGGUGAGCUACUCAAGGGAAGAGUUAGCCUCGAGGCGAGAGGCCCAGCCCAAUUUCCGCUGAUUUUGGGACUUGACCCGGGCAGCAGUUCUACGCGUUCUUUUUGCCAGUAGCGCCGAGGCCCAGACUCGUGUCCGAAAGAGGCAGGGUGAGUUACCUGCCUAGGCUACUUGGUGGCUUAGCCCCGAAUCCCGCAAGGGGUUGAGUUUUUUUCUUGGAGAUAAUCCGGGGAAAGAGGGGAGGCGAAGCUCGACGCAGAUUCUCAAGGGCGCAAGUCUCUCCAGUUAAAAGGGUCCCGACCAAAAGGGGCGAUCUGGCGAAUGGAAAGGGCAGUGUUGGCGUCAACUUGAGCUACACGAUAGGUUGGAAAUGGAGGCGGUCAGCAAAGACAGUAUUACCUGUCCCUUGACCUCACCUCUACUGAGAAACCGGGGGUUUCGGCCCGGGCUUGUUGUGGGUAAGCUCUGCCACCCUGCGAGUAAAACCGCGGCAUGCAGUCCACAAAGUAGGGACUAUAAAUACCCAUCUUAAGUCUAAGUCUAUAUCUUCUAUGUGCUGGGCUUUUGGACGGUACAUAAUAUUCCAUUAUCAAAAUUUGAAGAAUGAUCAUAUGCAUUUCAGUCGAUUUUCAUUGAAAGCAAAAUAUAUUACAAAAAAGAGCCCUUGAAAUUUAGUCCUCUUCAAAUGACACUGGAGUUUAAGCAGGAUAUGCUGGAAAUUGGGUUGCAGCACAUACCAGAAGGUAGCAAAGAAUUGAAAGAAUUCAAAAUAAUGCUUGAGGAAACAAAUAAACAAAUUGAGGAUAUAACUGGAAAUAAAAUAAUAAAAUAA